AUCGAAACUUAAAUAAUGUGUGGAAACAGAAACAUUACUUUUCUUAGCAUCUAUUAUCCCAUACAUAUUUUCUUUUCGUUUAGCGUUUGUCGAUGUAAGAUUGUUAUCUUUAGUAGGCCCUCAGGUUUUUGUGUGAUCGUUCGCACUAACACGGUAAGCUUUAUUCUAUCUUGUCUUUUAUGUCGUAUAUAUGUUAAAUGUUAUAAGAUUAUCUGCGGAAUAUAUUUUAAUCUGUGUACUUUUUCUUUUUCCUCGCUGUCGCCGCGGUGCAGGCCCGCUCCCAGGCAAGAGAGUAGACCGUCGAUCGCUGGCGAGGGAGGCGGAGAUGUCGAAUUCAUCAAGCGUCAAGACCAGAAGCGGUCAGACUUGGACGAACAGCUGAAGGACUACAUCAACGAAUGGCGCAAACAGAGGGCCAAGGAGGAGGACGAGCUCAAGCGCCUCAAGGAGAAGCAGGCCAAGCGCAAGGUAUCCCGCGCUGAAGAAGAAAAGCGCCUCGCCCAGAAGAAGAAGGAGGACGAGGAGAGGCGCGUGCGCGAGCUGGAGGAGAAGAAACAGCGCGACAUCGAGGAGAAGAGGCAGCGGCUCGAGGAGGCCGAGAAGAAGCGCCAGGCCAUGCUGCAGGCCAUGAAGGACUCCAACAAGACCGGACCCAACUUCACCAUCCAGAAGAAGAGUGAUAACUUCGGCCUUUCCAACGCUCAACUCGAGCGCAACAAGACCAAGGAGCAGCUCGAGGAGGAGAAGAGGAUUUCCCUGUCCAUCCGCAUCAAGCCGCUGAACAUCGACAACCUGUCCACGGAGAAGCUGCGCGUCAAGGCCCAGGAGCUGUGGGACUGCAUCGUCAAGCUCGAGACCGAGAAGUACGAUCUCGAGGAGAGACAGAAGAGGCAGGACUACGACUUAAAAGAGCUCAAAGAAAGACAAAAGCAGCAGCUCAGACACAAGGCCUUAAAGAAGGGUCUCGACCCCGAAGCCCUCACAGGCAAGCACCCCCCCAAGAUCCAGGUCGCGUCGAAAUACGAGCGGCGCGUGGACACACGGUCAUACGACGACAAAAAGAAACUCUUCGAGGGUGACCUAGAGAAACUGAACAAGGACUUCCUGGAGAAGGUGUGGUCUGAGAAGGCCGAGCAGUUCGGAGGCCGACAAAAGGCGCGACUGCCCAAAUGGUUCGGCGAGCGACCAGGCAAGAAGAAGGGCGACACCGACACCCCCGAGGGCGAGGAGGACAUCAAGGCCGAGCCCGAGGAGGAGGAGGAGCCCGCGUACGAGCCCGAGGAGGAGGCCGUCGAGGAGGAGGAGGAGGAGGAGGAAGAAGAGGAGGAGGAGGAGGAAGAGGAGGAAGAAGAGGAAGAGGAAUAAGUGAGUAGCAUUAAUCGCCGGGCAGAAACCAACGGAUCAAGUCGCUUGGCAUGUAACGCCAUUAAUUUAUUAUUAUAAAUUAUUUUUAUUAUUUAUACCUACUGUUGCACUCUCACGGAACGAGGACAUUUUAUACAUUUACACUGCGUCGUAACAGCUCUGACGUCACAAUAAACUAAUUUAUUCAUAAGG